AUGAGUGACGACGAUCUAGACGGGAAGGGGGCUGUCGGUGGGGCAUUGGGGGACGAGAGAAUGAAAGAACAUGCCGAGCUGCAACUACGGCUUGAGGAAAAAAGAAUAGAGCGAAUACAGUUAGAGUUGGAAAUGGCACGGCUGAAACAGACCUCGGCAACGGAAAAAGAUCAGAGUGACCAACCAAAAGAGCUAGCGACAGAGAUUAUGCAGUUCUCUAAGAUGCUUGCGAACGUUCUUAGUCGCAUACCGAGCGAAGAGGAAAUGGUGCCGGGAUGGUUUGAUACCGUCGAGAGCGUGUGGAAGGCCUUUAAGGUUCCCAAAAAUGUACAAACAAUGGUACUACUCCCGUAUUUAUCGGAGAGAGUUAGGCACAUAGCAAGGGACGGCGAAACUCUCGGAUUCUUGCAGUAUCCGGAGGUAAAAACAAAGGUGCUUGAACUUUUGCAACUGUCCCCUAAUGAAUACCGAAGGCUGUUCACAAACGCGAAGAAAAAGGAAAAUGAGCCCUGGACACAGUUGGCGGAAAGAGUGCGUGGCUACCUUGACUAUUACGUUUGUAGCAGAAAGGUCGAGAACUUUGAUGACUUGAAAGAGUUGUUAAUUGCGGACAGAGUGAAGGAGAUAUUGAGCGAAGACGCUCAGGCUUUUGUUACUCUUCGCGAAGGAGAUGACUGGUUACGGCCUGCUGGUAUAGCAAAGUGGGCACAGGUCUAUGAUGAAAGUAAUAAAUUAAAGGGAGACAGUGGGAAAAGGCUCAGUAAGCCGGCCGAGCGACAGAGACUGGAAGGGAAUGCAACACGGGGUCCAUUCCCACCCAGAAAGUGCUUCGUGUGCGGAUCGUUAGGCCACCUUGCCAGAUCAUGCCCAGAGUCCGAAAAAAAAGUUGCGGCAAGGGUCGAGACGGUAGAGGGAGAUGUCAGCGGAAUUAUAAAAGAAGCCAAAUUAAUAGAACUAGAGCUGUGUGGAGAAAGACUGCCAGUCAGACUAGAUUCUGGAGCGGAUAUUACAGUUAUCCGGAAAUCGUUGUUACCUGACAGACGAGAUCAACCAAAGGGCAAAAUAAAACUAAGAGGUGCCUUUGGGCAAGAAAUCGAGGCGGAGUUGGUUCACAUACCAUGCCGCUUGGCGGAUACAAGCAAAGUUGGCAAUCAGCAACAGAAACUGGUACUCUGUGCUCUAACAGACGAGCUUGCGUCGGGUUUAAAUGUACUGUUAACGCAAACAGAUUAUGAGGACCUUAAAGCAGUGUGGUACGAAGAGCUUGAGGGAGAUUACUUGGGUGCAAACAUGGAACGAGGAGAGGAAAAGUUCUUAGAGCCACCUCUGGUACGCAGUACGGAGGGAAUAUCUAACGUGGACGAAGGUGAAACACCGCGAGCGGGGGCCUUCUGCAUUGAUAGCGAGGCGUACAAAGAAAGCGGAGCAGCAGAAACACACGACAGCACAGGCAAAACGGAUAGCAGUGUGGAGCAGACAUUGCAGGAUAGUCGUCUAAGCUUUCGAAAAGAACAACGAGAAGAUGAAUCAUUGCGUACGUUGCAGAAAUAUGCUAAAGCGCGUAGUCACGGUUUCACAGAGAUCGAAGGCUUACUGUUCCACAAAGAGUCAAUGAAUAAGCAGUUAGUCAUGCAAGUAGUGCUGCCAAAAGGCAGGCACAGACAAGUGUUGCAGGUAGCACAUGACUUGCCGGUAGGGGGCCAUUUCUCUUUCAAAAAGACGAAACAAAGAAUAAAGAAUUCGUUUUAUUGGCCGGGAAUGGAUGAGGACAUACGGGAGUACUGUAGGACCUGUGAAAGCUGUCAACUGACAGCAAGAGAGAGGACAACGGAUCGGGUACCGAUACAACCACUAACAAGACCACAGGUUCCUUUCCAGAUGGUAGUAAUGGACUGCGUGGGGCCCAUAGACCCCCCCUCAUCUAAAGGCUACAAAUACGCUGUCUGUAUUGUUGAUGUGUGUACCCGGUGGCCGGAAGUCAUAUGCAUGCGAUCUCCCACAGCCAAAGCAACCUGCGAUGCCUUACUGGAAGUGUUUUCUCGAAUGGGUACCCCAGAGGUUAUUUCUUCUGAUCAAGCUAGCAACUUUACAGCCGGAUUGACACGAGAACUGAUGUCUCGGCUCGGGGUUUCUCCAAGGUUUUCUACACCGGGUCAUCCAGAGAGUAAUGGUUUGGUAGAACGAUGGAACCAGACUUUCAAGGGAAUGUUGAGACAGUGGUCCUCUGGCUAUUCUUAG